AUGGAUAUUUCAAAGGAAGUAGUUUUUAUCUGGGCUCUCCCAGUACUCAGUAUACUUGCCAUACUCACCAUCAUUAUCCGUAUCGUUGUCGUUAAGAAGCAUUGUCCUCCUCCCGAAGCUGCUACUAGUAAUCUCCAGUUAACUGACCCUUCUUGUUCCUCCUCGUCUUCAUCUGCACCUAUGUGGGAUGUCUUCUUGAGCUUUCAUGGUAAGGACACUCGCAGCAACUUUACUUCACAUCUUUACCAUGCUUUGGAUCAGGCUGGAAUUUUGACCUUCAUAGAUGAUCAUGCCCUUGAGAAGGGCCAAGAAAUUUCAUCUGCUUUACUUGACGCAAUUAGAAAUUCAAAUAUGUUUGUCGUUGUUCUCUCAGAGAACUAUGCUCGUUCAACAUGGUGUCUUGAUGAGCUUACAGAGAUCCUUAGUUGCAACACGACGAAAAAUCAGGUUAUUCCUGUAUUCUACUAUGUUGAUCCCUCAGAUGUUCGGCACCAGAAAGGGAGUUUUGGAAAAGCUCUUGAUUAUCAUAAGAGGCGUUAUUCCGUUGAUAUCAUUGAGAAGUGGAAAUCAGCUCUUUCUGAAAUAGCUAAGCUUUCAGGACACCAUCUCAGAAAAGAAGCAAAUCAGAAAGAAUCGGUGACCAUUCAAGACAUUGUAGGGAAUGUGGCACCACGAGCAACUACGAAAGCAUUACACCUAGAGAAAUAUCUAUUUGGGAUAGAAUCUGCUGUUGAAGAGAUAUAUCAAAAGCUAAGAUUGGAGUCUGAUGAUGUACGUGCCAUUGGUCUAUGUGGGAUGGGCGGAAUUGGGAAGACUACAAUUGCUAAAGCUUUCUACAACUUAUAUUUUAACAAAUUUGAUAUUAGCUGCUUUACUGUAAUUGUUAGACAGUAUUCACAAGGAGGCAGCCCUCUACUUCAAUUACUUCAGCAACUACUGAUUGAUCUUCUCAGAAAGCCGGAUUAUAAGGUUCCUGAUAUUGAAAGUGGAAUAAGAAAAUUGAAACAAACUCUUCAUUCUAAGAGAGCGCUCGUCGUUCUGGAUGAUUUGGACCCGUCGAACUAUUCAGAAUUGGAAGCAAGCCUUGGCAACUUCUUUUCAGGUGGAAGUAGAAUUAUUAUAACGACAAGAGAUUCAAAUCUGCUAAACAAAUUAAAAGUGGACAUUUCAGGAGUUGAUAUUUACAUGGUGAAGACAUUAGGGCAAAUUGAAUCAUUGCAGCUCUUUAGCUAUCAUGCAUUUAGAAAACUGGUGCCGCCAGAAAGUUUCAAGGGGCUUUCCCUAGGCUUUGUAAGUCAUGCUGGUGGUCUUCCAUUAGCUCUCAAGGUGUUGGGUUCAUCUUUGCUCGGUAGGACACAUGAGUCAUUCUGGAUAGACAAGCUUGAAAAAGUUAGAGCAAUUCCGGAGAAUGAUAUACACAAGAUUCUUCAACUGAGCUACCAUGAAUUAGAAGAUGAGACGCAGAAGGCAAUUUUUCUUGAUAUUGCAUUCUUCUUCGUCGGAAAGGACAAAGAUGAGGCUGCUGAUGUAUUCAAAUCUUGUCAUUUCUUUCCAGGUGUUGGAAUUCCAAUUCUGAUGGACAGGUGUCUAUUGACAGUUGAUGAAGAUAAUAAGUUUGAGAUGCAUAAUCUGAUACAAGAAAUGGGAAGGGAACUUGGGAAGACCACACGCACACGCUUGUUCUUGCGAGGAAAUGAUUCCCGAAAUCUAGAGGGGGGAAAUCAUAUUGAAGGACUCGUCCUAGAUUUAACAAAUUGCACCAAUGGACAAGUGACUACCUCGUUGUUUAAAAGACUGCCGAAUUUGCGAUUACUUCAAAUAAUCGGUGCACAAGAUAUUAAAGGAAAUUUUAAAGAUUUAUUUCCUCAAUUAAGGUGCAUCAGAUGGCAUUCCGCUCCAUGGACACAUAUACCUUCUAUGUUCUCUCCACAAAAUCUCGUCUCCUUUGAGAUGCCAUUCAGCAAAUUGAAGAUACUCUGGAAAACACCAAUGGCUAUCAAGCAAUUAACUAAUCUGGGUUGUUUGUAUCUGAGAGAAUGCCGUGACUUGAAACAAUUACCAGAGCAGUUAGGUGAAAUGAAAGGAUUAAAGAUGAUUGAUGUGAGUUAUUCUGCAAUUGAGAAACUGCCAGAUUCAGUAACUCAUCUCAAGAAAUUGGCUGAGUUAUACUUGCUCUGUUGCGAGAAUCUUACAAACUUACCUGAGCAAUUGGGUGAGAUAAAAGGCCUAAAGGAUCUUGAUGCAAGUUUUUCUGCAAUAGAGAAACUGCCAAAUUCAAUUACUCUACUCAAGGAAUUGUUUAGCUUAAACAUGUUCGGUUGCAAGAAGCUUAGAGAGAUACCUGAGCAGAUUGGGAUUAUGAAAAGCCUGGAGAUACUGGAAUUGAGUAGGUGUGAAAACCUUACAAAUCUUCCAGAUAGCAUAUGGAUGCUCAAAUCGCUAAAAAAACUGCACCUGAACGAGUGUUCAAAGCUGGAUCGAUUGCCUGAGCAGUUGGGGGAAAUGCAAUGUUUAGAAAGUCUGUUUGCAGAUGGCACAGCAAUUGAAUUAGUACCAGAUUCUAUUGGAUUGCUGAGUAAGUUACAAGUUUUGGGUUUGGAUGGUUGCCAGAAGCUUAAAUACGUGCCUGAAAGUAUCUGGAAUCUUACUACAAUUCAGACGUUAUAUCUUGAGUCGGGGGAUAUAGGUAUUAUCAGUUUACCUGAUUCGGUAGAGGAAUUGAACGAGUUAACAUCUCUGCACCUGAGAUGUAAUUUAAGAUCAUGCCUGCCUAUGAUUCUACGUCUCCCAUCUUUGGAAGACUUAACUCUGAGCGAUGAAGGACAGAUUCUCUCUUCAGCAGAACCAGUAAGCCUUACUCAACUUUUGAACCUAAGAGUGCUUAGAUUGAAUCAAUGUACAAGUUUCGGGUCCUCCCUUCCGGAACUUCCAUUGAAUCUAGAAGAGUUAUAUUUGUGUGACCACAGCUCACUGGAACAACUACCUGAUCUAUCAAGCUUAAAACUACUGGAACAUCUGCACAUAAAGAGCUGCAUCAGCCUUAAGUCGAUCUCAUCACUUCCUUCUCAUCUUUAUUCGCUUUCAGCUAAAGAUUGCGCAAGCCUACAAGAUCUACCUGAUCUAUCAAUGUUGAAGGGAUUGGGAACCAUGAGUUUUAUUGGGUGCAACAAUCUGAAAUCAACGACUCUGAAACAGAGUUUCCUUGAGGCAGGACAUUACUUUCCAUUUUCAGCUGAUCUUCCAGACAGGGAGGUUGCCGAAUGGUUCGACUAUAAAAGCAGUGGCAAUGCAGUCUCUUUUGAAGCCCCGUCAAGCUUUGGAGCUAACUUCUUAGGUCUUGCACUCUGGCUUGUUUAUACAUGCAAAGCCAGUGAUCUGCAUGGUUCAUUGUAUAUUAAAGCAGUUAUUACGAAUGUGACAGAAGAUAUAACAGAAAACUAUCCCAUCUCUGUGCGUAGUGUAGUUGGUGAAGCACAGUCGAGGGUGGAAUGCAUUCCAGGAGAGGAGAUCUUUGUGGAAAGUGGAGAAAACAUGAAGGUUUCUAUUCAUACCCGAGUGUAUUCUGAUUUUGAAUUUGAGGUUCCCGUUGGGCAAGUGAAGGUCAAGAUGUGUGGGGUUCAUGUCAUCCAAGACGAACCCUCAACUCAAGAAUUACCUUCUUUCUCAAGACUUGGUUUUUGAGGAUGGUGUCUGUUUGGUUUAAGUCUAAAUCUUCACACCGGGAUUAUUAGUUUAUUUUAUAAUCUAUAUACUCUUCACAGGUGUUCAAUUCUUUUUUCAUUUUGUUCCGCUGGCCAAGUUUAUAUUCUUGUUGUGACUAAUAAUUUAUUAUGUAAUUUAUAUAUUAUUUAAUGUGAUUAAUUAAGU